ACGUAUUUUUUUAGCUUAUUGCAAAAAAUGUUGAUACAUUUCAACCUCUCAUUAUUGGAUUAAUCCAAAAUGUCUGCGCCCAUGGUUUGUGUUCCAGGACAGCGUUUAUGUAGGGAAGAAGAUAAGUUGAAGGCUGGUCGAGGCACUUACACCAGAAACAGUUUCAUAUAUUCAUCACUCGCAGGUCCAUUAAUAACUACAAACAAUGAAGAUGGGAUGACAUUGGUGGAGGUGGUGAGGAAUGCAGAGGAAUAUGUUGUCCCAUCUGUUGAUGCUCUAGUUACAGCAAAGGUGACCAAUGUGAACCCUAGGUUUUGUAAAUGUGCCAUCAUUAGAGUUGGAAAAACUACAUUAAAAGAUUCCUUCCGUGGGAUGAUAAGGAAGGAAGAUGUCAGGGCCACUGAAAAAGAUAAGGUUGAGAUGUAUAAAUGUUUCAGGCCUGGUGAUAUUGUGAUUGCUAGAGUGAUCUCCCUUGGUGAUUCACAGUCUUACCUUCUUACUACGGCAGAAAAUGAAUUGGGAGUUGUCAUAGCAACCAGUGAA